AUGGACCAAGCUUCUAUCUCAACCAAAAUUGACCGAUUCAACAUGAUCGUCAACGCCUUGACAUUCGGAUCGUUAGCGACUACAUUUCUGACAACAUUCCUCAUCGGAUACAAGCUCUACCGUGUGACACAAGUAGAGCUGCAGGGCAGCAGGACGUUGUUGAUGCGGAUUAUACGAAUAUUUGCAGACUCUUCAGCGCCUUAUUCGAUGAUUUUGAUUGUUUACUCUGUCAUUCCGACUAUACAAGGGUGUUGUCACGGCCAAGGGGACGAACGUAUCAUUCAGGCCUCGUUUUAUGUCAGCUCAAUACUCCCAAUUGUUGCGGGUCUGUUCCCCACAAUAUUGGUCGCACGAUUGACGGUGUCAGAUCCAAGCCAGCUCAAAUCGCAAACGGCGAAUCCUCAAUUUACGGAAUUAAGCGCCGGUUUCUCAGGCGUAUCCACUGAAAUUGGUCGGUGGAGACUUUCAGUUGACUCUAGGAAUAUAGAUUCCAUAUAG